GGCGGAGUGGUUCAAGUUUUCUUCAACGUCGCCGUUGUCAUUUGGUCUUUGUUUGUCCUCAGUGAUUAUCAGCAUAGCACCAUUCGGUGUCUUUGCCAUCAGCCGCCAUGUCAAAUGAUCAGGCCAAGAAUUCGGCUCCCGUACAAGAACAUACAUAUCCCGCAAUCGCACCAUAUCAGCACUUCAACGGAGCAAACUCUUACCCUCCCCCAGGUCCAUAUCCGAUAUACGGUUAUCCUCCUCCUUCUGAAGGUGGCCAUGUCGAUGGUACUCCUCCAAACGGUGCCCAUCCUGGCGCACCUUACAUGAUGUAUCCUCCACCAGCACCUGGUGUACUCUAUUAUCCUGGUCCUCCCUCUGGACAAGCCUUUCCUCAGUUUACGGGUACACCGUCUACCACAUCGUCUGGCAAUCGCCCCAAGCGCAAACAGGUCAAAAUGGCGUGCACAAACUGCGCAACAGCUUGCAAACGCUGUGAUGAGGCUCGUCCCUGCGAACGCUGUGUUAAGUAUGGUAUUUCCGAAACCUGUGUGGACGGCGUGAGAAAGGAGCGCAAGAAGGGCGUAAAACGUGGCCCAUACAAGCGAAAGAAUAAACAGAAUUCAGGAGACGCGGCGUACGGAGAUCCUGAAUGGCAGCCUAGCGGGUCACCAAAUAGUCCGCCCGCCGUGCCUCCUGCUAUGCACGCAUUACCUCCCUUUCCUCCCCCGGAAGGAUAUUGGCCUUAUAUGUACCCCCCACCUGCAUUCAUGCCUCCUGGACACGAGGGCCACCCUGGUCAUGAAGGUGUACCGAAUGGAAAUGGACAGCCGCCUAUGUUAUCGUAUUAUCCAGUUCCUCCGCCAGGGUACCCGCCUUUCCCCCAUUAUGCGCACCCUGGAACUGGCGUUUAUUC